AUACUGUCCAUCUCCUUUUUUCGAUAAUUUAUACACCACUCCUAUCACAUUAUGUCUUAUUGCCACGUGAUCCAAUAAACUCAACCCUCAAUGUAAGCAGUUCCUCUUCCUUUACAAGCAAAAAGAAGAAGAAAAUACAACGCAGGAAAUCUUUUCAAAAUGUUUUAAAUGCUACAUAGCGAUUUGGAAAGACUCCUCGUAAAGACCAAUGGUUUUCACGAGGGAAUUAGACCCCAUGCAAGAUUAAACCCCGUCUGUUUGAGGCUUUCAUUUCUUUUCAUGGGAUGCUGGCCAUAAUUGUAUGGGAACAUAUCGUGUCGUGCCUAUCAUAAGAGUCUUACAAGUGCGUUUGAAUUUAAAUUGAAUAUUGUUUUCCAAGCCCUGCAUUGAUAUGUUUUACAUGUUCGUUGAAACACGAGCCCAAGCUGACCCGUGCCCCGCAAGAUCCUGCGCGAUACCUUCCCUCCCCCCCCACUACGGCUGCGACUACUACGACUACGACCGCCACCACUAUCGGUAUACUCCGGCAAACCAAAUAAAUGCAAUGGAAGUAAUAGCCCUAAUAUCUGGCGGCAAGGACUCCUUCUUCUCCCUCCUCCACGCAAUCGCAAAUGGGCACAAAAUAGUAGCUCUUGCAAACCUCCGCCCACCCACCACUGCUUCCGACCCCAUAACCACUCACCUCCCCAGCACCACCCCUCUAACCCUGCUUCCCAGCACCCCAGGAACAAAAGAUGAACUUGACAGCUUCAUGUACCAAACCGUCGGCCACACCGUGCUCUCACUAUACCCACAUGCCCUCAAAAUUCCUCUGUACAGGGGGGCCAUAACCGGCACAUCCAUUGACCAAAACCUCUCGUAUGCACACUCCGGCGAGCGCGGAGACGAAACGGAAGAUUUGGUGCCCUUGCUAGAACACAUCAUCACCCAGCACCCGGGUGUGAAAGCGGUUUGCACAGGGGCGAUACUGUCCACUUACCAAAGGACUCGGGUAGAAAGUGUCUGCGAGCGCCUGGGUCUGAUCUCGUUGUCUUACCUAUGGCAGCGGGAGCAGGCUGAGAUAUUAGCAGAUAUGGAAGCCGUGGGGCUGGAUGCUAGGAUUGUCAAGGUCGCAGCGGUGGGACUCGAUCCUGAAGAGUGGCUGUGGGAGAACGUGACUAACGCGCGGAGAAGGAAGAUGUUGGAUGGGUUGGAGAGGAAAUGGGGGGUUCAUGUUGCGGGGGAGGGAGGGGAGUAUGAGACUGUGGUCGUCCAAGGGCCCGGGUGGAGAGGGAGGAUUGAAGUCCCAGAGGAGGGGAGGGAGGUUGUUAGUACCGGAGGUGGGGUUGGGCAUUUGAAAAUUACGAAGGCUAACUUUGUGCUGGGAGAGGAGGUGGAGGAGGAAGCACAGCAAGGGGGUUGGGUAAAAGAUCUACGGAUACCAAAUAUCUGGGAUACGGAAUUUGAAAAAAUUCUUAAAACUAUCAUUUCUACACUCCCAGAAACACCCCUCUCCCCACAUCCUCCUUCCUCUUUACUCCCUUCCCCCCGUCUCAACUCACCCCCAAAACCUUCAGUGUCAAUCUUCUCCCAAACCCUCUUCAUAAACAACCUCACUUCCCCACCCCCCUCCCCCUCUACCCAGCAAAGCAUUACAGCCGAAACUUCCUCCCUCCUCCAAACUCUCUCCACCCACCUCGCCGCGCACGGCACCUCCUUCAAACACAUUACAACCUGCACCCUCCUCCUCCGGCAGAUGUCCCACUUCCCCUCAAUCAACUCCACCUACUCCACCUACUUCACAACUCCCCUCCCCCCCUCCCGAAUCUGCAUCUCUGUUGGCGACCUCCUCCCGCUAGGCGUGAACAUAAUACUAAGCGUAACAGUUGACCUCCCCCUCCCUCCAUUCCCGCUACGUCGGGGACUACACGUCCAGAGUAGGUCAUACUGGGCACCAGCGAACAUAGGUCCUUAUUCACAGUCCAUCACUUCCUCCAGGGGAUGGACCUCGCUGGCAGGGAUGAUCCCGCUGGUGCCAGCUAGUAUGGAGCUGCUCAAUAAUGCAGAAACGAGAGAAGAGGUAGUGAAUCAGGCUGUGCUGGGAUUGCAGCAUAUGUGGAGGGUAGCGAGGGCUGCGGAGGUGACAGGGUUUUUAGGCUGUGUUGUGUUUGUCACCAGGUGUGAGGUUGUUGGUCCCGUGGCUGAAGCAUGGAAGGGAGCCUGGAAAGGGUGGAGGGGAGAGGUUGGGUGGAAGGGGCUUUGGUCAUCCAUUUCUCAAUCAUCCCCUAGAAUGGAACGGGGUGAUGACGAUGAUGAGGAGGAGGAGGAGGAAGGGGGGGGGGUUACACUCCCCCUGAUAAUAGCCCAAACCUCCUCCCUGCCCCGCUCUUCAACCUCCGAAUGGGUCGGUACAGCAAUAGACGGGCCCUGGCUACACAGGUUACAAACUGCUUAUAACUCAAGCCUCUCCCCACCCUCCUCUUCCCUUCCACGCUUACAUGUAACUUCCCAAAGCACAACAUAUGGUCCCAACGCCCCAUACUCCCCUGCUGGUGGACUACAGACGUUCUGUCUACCCCCCUCAUCACCCGGCGCGCUGGCUAUCGAAAUUAAAAAAAGGAUUGGCGUAGAGCAGAUGGAAGUGGGGAAUGCUACUGUGUAUCUGUCGGCUGGGGUGGCGUCCGUAGGGGAGUUUGACGUGGCAUGGAUGGAGUGCGUGGGCGAAGCAGUUGGUAUGCAGGUUGUUCCCGUAGAAAGGGUGUGGGAUAUGGAGGGGAGAGAGAUGGGGAUUGGGGUUACGGCGAGGCUGGGGGGGAAGGAAGACUUUUGA